CUGUCGUCUGGGUUACCUCAUAGCCGGAGUCCAGCCAGGCAGGGGAGACUCCAUGGACAACCGGGAGGACUCUGGAGCUGCUGCCGAGGUCGACGCCGAGAAGAGCUCAGGGUCGUCGAAUCCUGAUUCGGACGACGAAGCUGGGGCAUCCGGCCAGUCUGAAAUGGAUUUCUUGCGGAACCUCUUCUCCCGGACGCUGGGCCUGGGCAGCGAGAAGCCCGAGAAAGUGUUGGAUGAACUGACAUUGGAGGGCGUGAGCAGGUUCAUGCAGAGUGAGAAAUGCAAGAAAGUGGUAUGCAUGGUGGGAGCCGGGAUCUCGACUGCUGCGGGGAUCCCAGAUUUCCGUUCCCCAGGGACGGGGCUCUACGCCAAUCUGCAGCAAUACAACUUGCCGUACCCCGAAGCCAUCUUUGAGAUCAGCUAUUUCAAGCAACACCCAGAGCCGUUCUUUGCCUUGGCCCGGGAGCUGUACCCGGGGCAGUUUAAGCCCACCGUUUGCCACUACUUCAUACGCCUCCUGAAGGAGAAAGGGCUGCUGCUGCGUUGCUACACUCAGAACAUCGACACCUUGGAACGGGUGGCUGGUCUGGACCAGGAAGACUUAGUAGAAGCUCAUGGCACCUUCUUUACUUCUCACUGCAUCAGCAGCUCAUGCCGGAAAGAGUACAAACUGGACUGGAUGAAAGAAAGGAUCUUCUCAUCCCUCAUCCCCAAGUGUGAAAAAUGUCAGAGUGUGGUGAAGCCGGAUAUUGUCUUCUUUGGGGAGAACCUGCCUUCCCGUUUCUUCUCUCUGAUGCAGGCAGAUUUCCGCAAUGUGGAUUUGCUUAUCAUCCUGGGCACCUCCCUUCAAGUCCAGCCCUUUGCUUCCCUUGUCAGCAGGGUGCCCACAAAUACGCCCCGGCUCUUGAUCAAUAAAGAGAAGACUGGGGAGAGUGACCCUUUCAUGUCCCUGAUGGGCUUUGGAUGUGGGAUGGACUUUGAUUCAGAGAAAGCAUACAGGGAUGUUGCCUGGCUCGGAGACUGUGACGAGGGCUGCCUGGCUUUGGCAGAGCUCCUGGGAUGGAAGAAAGAGCUGGAGAAACUGGUGAGGGAGGAGCACGCGGCCAUAGAUGCUAAGUCAAGCCAGGCUGUUGGAGACAGGGCAGGUGCUUCCGGCGCUCCAUCAAAGGUAGCCAAGCAGCCGGCGUCCCCCAAAAAGCAAUGCCCUCCCGGCAGCGAAGAGGAAUAAAAAGACCACGUUGGGACUGUUGAUCCAGAUGCAUUAAAAAUCAAAGCCCUCCGGCCACCAGCUGAGUGAACAUUUGGGCCUCCUGGCCUCCUCUCCUUCCGUUUCCUGCGGGGACAGCCUUCCAGAAGGCUCCUAGAGGUGGUUUCUUGGGCGGUGCCACAGUGGGUAAUGCAGUGAGAUAGAAGCAAGAACAGCACGAGCCCCACUUUGCAGCGUUCUCUCUCUGCUGACUUUCGCAGGAGUGUUUGCCUGAAGCUCUCUGACUUUCCACAAUUCUGGGUGAGAAGCAGAAUUCUCUGAUUAGGAGCGUGAAUAUUUCUUUGGGGCUUGUUCUGAACUGGUUCCGUUUGUAAUGCAAUUAGGUUUCUGUGAUCUGAUCCCACCCUCCCUCCUCAUUCAGCUGAAGGGAAAAAGUUUUAACAAAUUGGCUGAGGCAAACUGACCCAACGUUACUCUUCACACUACCUUUUGCCUCCCGUGUGUCAUCCCUGGCUUGGCCAAGAAAGGCAGAUGUGGAAAAUGGCUGCAAGGAGUCAUUUGACACCCCCCCCCGGCCCUUUUUUGAUGCUUGGAAUGUAGCAAAUUUUAAGAGUGUUUAAAAACUUUCUCCUCUGUCAUUUGCAAUUAAGCUCUCAUAAAUGGCAAUUAAACUCAAGCACCUUGAUA